AUGGAAGAUAGUUUAAAAUUUCGUACUUGUUUCGACUCCAAUCAUGUCCUAGUGUCCGUGGACGUUCCAGCUCUUGAUUUGGAGCACGAAAGCAGUUUAGUGUUGGAUGUAUUUCCGAACGAGUGCGUGUUUACGGCACCACCAUAUCACGCCAGAAUUCCCAUCGAUCGGGUGGCAAAAUCUGGCAAAGUAUACCCCGAUAAGAUAGAUUAUGAGAAAAAUGUUGUCACAUUCCGUGUUGAACUGGAGUCUGGAGCAAGUGAAAAGCAUUCCUCGAGCAACUCGUUUGGUUACGGGUUCGCUCAUUUCUACAAUGGUCCUCUUUCAUUGGAAGCUGAAUUGAAGGCGUUACCUAAUCCGGAGCAGCAUUCUCCUUCGGAUCGCAUGGACAAGCUGCGGGAAGCCGAAAAGAAUGAUUUUAACGAUGAGCACUACGGGAUGGAUUACAUACAGUUUUUGAUUGACAAGCUUGGAAUCAAUCUGUGUAACCCACCGAUGUUUAAAGCCCUUUCUGAAGAACAGCGGUAUCGCAUCGGUGUGAUUGUGACAGAGAAACAAAAACCGAAGGAUCGUUUCACGUCAAUUGAAGAUCCUCGACUUGUGCUUCUCGGUUUGCUGGACAUUCUGCUUGCAAUCACGUACGACCGACUGACCAACAACAACGAACUGAAUGAGGCGAAUUCGCACACCAACAUCCACCGAAUAUCGGCGACACUGUCGUUUUUCGUAGAGUUCGACACGGCAGAAGCCGUAGUGCGGUCAUUUUACCGUAGAUCGUGUAUUUAUCCGCUUUAUCGUAACAAACAAAUUUCCCAGCUGUGUGUUAAACAUUUGAUUGAUCAUGGAAAGGCCACCGACCGUCGCAAGGAGUGGAUUCAACACGAGCUGCUCCACGCUUAUGACGCGUUUAAAACUACGGACUGGUCGAUCAUGAACCAUUACUACACGAAGGACUACAUACGAUAUGUUGAACACGCUUUCGACGAUCUGCUUUGGGAACAAACAAUCUCCGAAAUGGAAAAGAUUCUUCCGGAUGUUCACAACUCUACGCUUGGGUUCGGAGAAGAAAACGUAAUUCAGCGAUUCCUUAAGGAACUAAUCACACAAGAUACGGACUCCGACUCAACCGACUCCGAUGACUAUGAGUCUGCCGCGGAAGACAGUUGUGAAGGUUCCAUAAGUAAUCCGGAUGCAACUGCAUCCGAAGAGGAAGAUAAGCUGCCAAAUGAGAAUGUAUUGGAGAAACUUAUGAACCUAAAGUUGUCCGGUUAACAACGGAGAAAGUUA